AUGUUUAUAUAUUUCCUGACAAUCAGCCUUUUUUAUUUAGAUGGCCUUGGCGGUACGUUGUUACCUCUUCGGAAAAACGAUCGAAAUUUUGAGGGCAUUCAUCUUGAUGAUCCUGACAUCAGCUAUAGGUCUGGGAAAAUAUAUUUCUUAAUCAAAGAUCUUAUAGAUGAGAAGGUCCUUCUAGUCCGGGCUCCUCCCUACUCCGGCAAAACUUCGUUAGCACAACUUAUAGAGUAUCACUUAGUUAGCUCUUCAGAAUAUUCGAAGUACAGGGUGAUAAGAGUUUCAAUGCUUUGGGAAUCGGCUGUGGGAGUGAAUUGCAGUUGGGAGACGUUUGGGAAGUUAUGGAAGAGGGUUAUCGGUAUAAGCUGGAUUGAAUGGGUAGAACAGUGCCAACAAAUUCCAACGAUUUUGAUAUUAGACAAAAUUCAAUUGAUAUACAAGCAAGAGCGUGGAAUUGAUGAAAGUAAUGAAACGAAUGCAGAUGUAUUCUGGAGAACUGUCAAAGGAUGUCUCCAAGAAAUGUCAAACAUCUAUAUCAUUAUGUUUGGGGCAUACGGAUAUCAUAGUGCUAACUCUGCAGGACUUUCGACUCCU